AUGUCAACCCUUACUCAAACCUCACCAUUCCUCACUCGUUCACUGACUUCAACAGUGCACUCAAUCUCUUCACCGUCGACCAGAACCUCCACUCCCUCUCGUCCCAAUCAACCAUCACAUAGGAGGUACGACCACUUCGUACCCAGCAUAGUAAACAAUGCUCACAAUCGAUCAAAUUCGAAUAAUCAGCCACCUACCAUAUCUAACGGCAAUUUGAGCUCACAAGAAGAAUGGUGGGAUCCGGAGACUUUCUAUCAUCCCAUAAGGGAUAUAAAAUCAUUUUUGGAACUGGCGAGAGUCUCAUCCUCAUCCUCUUCCUCCUCUUCAGGAAGUCAUAAGGUCGAUUCGGAAGAUUCACUAUACGAGAUGAGCAAGGAUUGGAUGCCUACGAACAAUGGGUUCAGUCUGAAUCUUGAUGCUUCUCAAGUUGAAUCCUUCGAUAACAACGCCGAAGAUUCCCAGUCCAACGAUAAACAUAACCUCUCAUUGUACAUCACCUCUGAGAACGGAUACAAAGGUUCUACUUUAUCGGUCGGUUUAUUCAUAGGGAUUACAAGUUUGAAUCCCAAUAUUGGACAUAAACUAGUAGAAACGGAAUACAUCCAUUCGCAAACUAUCGAAUUUGCAUAUACUCCCGAGGUGGAAUAUUGUCGAUUGGACCCAACACUCGCUAGUACGCUUUCUGCUCUGGGAAAUUUGGUGGAUACACCGACGGGUGAGGUGGAAUUUGUAUGUUUGGAACAUUCGAUCGAUCCAUCCGAAGAUGAACAACCGACUGUCUCCCAUGACAUGAACGGUGAAGAUUAUUCAACUGAUCAUAUCAAGACAAAGAUGCAAAUAAGAAAAAGGACGGUAUUUGCCCAUGUGGAGAUUUUACAAGCGAAAUCAGAAUAUUUCAAAGAUCUCUUCAACUCGGGAUUCAAAGAGAGUGACAAUGAUGAUGAGAGAAAUACACUAAAACGAAAGGAAAUUGUUGUCGAUGAUAUCGAUUUUAUAACCCUUUAUUGGGUCAUUAGACGUUCCCUAGUGAUGGAGCGAGGAAGUAAAAUCAUCUUUUCUUCUCUUAGGUACAAUUCAUUCAGCAAAGGAGAAUGGGAUUGGCACGAUAUAUCUUCCAAUGGUGAACAGGAGGAAUUGGAAGUUCAUGAUGAUCUGGAGGAUAAGACUGUCAAAUCUGUUUCAAGCGAAAGUACAAGCACUUGCAGGAGUAGGAGGAGUGAACCACUACCUAUCACUCGACCACCACCACCAUAUCACAACGGCGCACCUAGACCUAGACGUAGGGAGGGAUCAGAUACUGCGAAGUCUCGUACUAAGAGCGUUGGAAAGUCUGUUACCUCUGCAAGUAGAACAAUACCGAUUUCCUCUUCUACUAGAAGGGUUUCUGGUGAAUCAAACAAUACCACUUCGAUAUUCAGGUUCAGCACGAAAGACAAUUUAAUAAGAACGACAAAUCGAUCCCAUCCAUACCCUCAAGAGGAUCAUCCUUCGCUCUCUUCCCUUUUAUCUGAGAGGUCAAAAUCUGAUAGUCCAUUCCAGCCUGAUCCCCAUCCCCAUCCCACACCUAUACUGCCUCCAGCAGACGCUCUAGAGAUAUACAUAGCAGCUGAUAAGUACCGAUUGGACAUUCUGAAAGGUCUGGCGAAUGAGCAUUCAUUGAACUAUCUAGAUGAAGUGAAUUGUAUACCCCUUGCAUUCGCCAGUUAUCCUUAUGAUAAACUACACUCAGAAAUAUUAGAUAACAUCGUGGAUCAUUGGACUCAAGUGAAAUCGUCUAAAGAAUUUUUGAAAUGUAUUCAAGAAGUUCGACAAGAUGUUUGGGGGGUGAAUGGACCGAUGGUAUUGCAUAAUAUCUAUAUGAGACUUUGA